AUGAAGCAAUUGUAUCUUGAGUACUUGCAGAGUGGGGAAGAUUGGCUUUCGUCUUCAAUCGUAGUUUCCCAAAGGCAAUCCAACACCAGCACUACUGGGGGACGCACGGGUUGGUUGACCAGGAAUGAUCUGCUGGUUAAGUACCACCAGAACACCGCUCUGGUGGAUCAGUUGAUCCAGGCCAAGACUGCAGCUGGGCAGAGCCGAGCUCAUCCUGAGUUUCCUCAUGCGGAGGACAUGAAGCAGUACAAGGUUUGGCUAGAGGAUUACGAAGUGAACGAAGACUCCAACCAACGUUUGGUUGCAGUAUCCCGCGAGGCUGAAGGAACCCAUGAUGGUCAAGUGCAGCCGAACCAGUCAGGUGAUCAGAAUUCAGGCAAUAAUCCGCCACCAAAGCCACCACGUGUACCAAAGGAAAAGAAAGAGAAAACUGAGGACCAGCUUGCACGUGCUGCAAUUGUAAAGGUGAAUGCCAACCUCUUGGAAAUCACCCAGUGGAACUUCAAGCUCCAAAAAGCGAACGUGGCGGAUCUGAUCGCCCAAGCCUUUGUGUCGCAAAUGGAGAACGAGGGUGUGGAACUUCGCAAGGCAAAAGCUGCCUUGGAGGAUGCCCUGGCGAAUGGGACUGAUCUCAACAUGCCGCGUGUUGCCUUGGAUGCGGCAAACGAGCAGUACAAAAGUGCAUCAGCCCAGAUCCGAAAAACGGCCGUGCCGCCCAAGGCAGCAAAAGCCAAGGCGAAAGCUUCUGCAAAAGCAAAAGCCAAUGCUGGGCCAAGCACGUAG